CUGUAGCUAGAGCUCUCUAAAUAGUGUAAACAGCAGCGAGAGUGGUCUAGCUAGAAUUAAUCUCCGAUUUCGGUGGGUCGAGUUGUAGUCUAGCGAGUGAUGUAGUAGACACCAGGAUUAAUAGAGUGCGGACACGAGGUGGAGAGUACGUGCUGAGACUGUGGACUUGAAUAGAUUUUCUCGAUGUAGGGAGAGAACGGCUGUAUAACGUUUCAGUAAAGGACUUCAUGCUAAGAGCAGAUGUUCACGUUUUUGAAUCCCGAAUGUAUGCGAAAGUGGAAAGAUAAGCUAUUGCAUUACAUAAGAAUAUUCCCCGUGAACCACAUUAUGGCUUGGACAAACAUAACAUUGAAGGACCGCCCAGAACAUUACCGUAUUCUUAAAUCAGAGGACAAAACAACGUCCUCAUCAGACACUGAAUGCCAGGCAAGUAGUCAGAGGAAAAUUCUUCAGCUUCUCCAGCUUCCAAAACCGAGUGUUGCUCGCCACAGGCCAGCACCAGCAAGCCUCGCCCAGGAUGACCACAGCAGAAAAGCUCCUGAUUCAGUGGGAAUAAGAGUUCUGCCAACCGACUCCCUGCCGGUGAGAGUUGCUGGUCAGAGUGAUCUCUUCUCAGAUAACACUAGCAGUGUUCAGCUAGACUUCAUGUCAAGUGAAAGAUUGAUGAAAAUGAGGGAUGACUUGAGGUUUUCACUCAUACGUAAAUAUGGACCUUCCAGGGCCAAAACUCUGUAUGAAAAGCAUGUGAAGCAAUGUCAUUAUCUCAUAAUAAACGCAGAAGAAGACGACGAAAUGGCUGCAUUGGUCAGGAAGCUGUUAGAAGAUCACCGCGACAGUCCAACCAUCAAAGGGCGUUGGAAUAUAGUCUUAGGGUCACAGAGACUCGCUGUUUGGCAGCAACUCAUACAAUCAGCCACAACAAUCCUUGUCUUCUUGUCAAGGGCAUUGUGUAAAGAUGAGAUACUUUCGUUCACAUUUCCGGGUAUUCUUACUCAAGAUCGGAUAAUAGUGCCCAUCUAUUUAGAAGAGUUUACGCUUCAAGAAUGCGAGAAGGAGUUUCUUUCCAAUCUUAGACCUGUGGUUUAUUCCUAUGGCACAACACUGUAUGAUCGAAGUACUGAGGGAAUCAAGGAAUUUGUUGAUAAUCUUCAUUCCAAAUUCAGCUUCGUUAAACAUUAUUAUAAGGAGGUUAAAGCUUUACAGGAUCUACUCAUGCCUACGGACUUGUUCAAUAUUUGUCCAUGUGGGGAGUGCUAGGAGUAUACGUCUUUCAGUUUCCCUCGUGAAACAGGGUCAAACAAGUGACUGUAUUUUCAUAAAGAGAUUUCAGGAGGGGAAACAUACCUGUGGUUCUUAAUGGAUGGGAAGAAAACCAUUCUUCACAAGUACAAAAAUUUUUUUGUUUAAUAAUGUGCCAAACGUCAAGCUGUUUAUAUUAUGCAUUAAUUCUAGGCUAAGCCAUAAUCCACAAUGUGGUUGGAGGAAGAAGAAAAAGGAGUAGUAGAAGGAGGAAUAGGGAGUGAAGAGGCAGGAGCAAGAAGUAGUGCAUAAGCUGUUGUUGUUGUUGAGACUUAAGAGAGGCCAGUUCAAAAACAGAAGUCUUUCUAGGCUUUGGUAGAAUGGCGUCGAUAGCAGGGGUAUCUGUUAUAAUGACGGGCACCUUACGUCCAUUUGAUGAAACCAAUGACGUUGGAGAAUGGUUUGAAACUUGUAAUGGUUACUAGGCUUAAGGAAAUUAAGGAACUACCAGUUGUAAUUCCUUUAUUAUUAUAAGGAAGUGCAUAUUCUGUGUAUAAUGAAUUAAGUUAUGACAAGAAAAAAAUACAUUAUUCAAUUAUAUCAGCAUUAA